UGUUCUGGCUAGGACACUCACUUCUGGGACCAGUGGCUCCUCAGUACUUCCUGACAUGUCUGAAGGUGACUUACCCAUUCACGUGAAUAAUGUGCGGAGCAGAUUGAGGGAUAUAGUGGGAGCAUCUACCAACUGGAGGGAUCAUGUGCAAGCAAUGCAAGAAAGAAAAGCUCUUCAUACUUUACUGGCAAAACGGCAGGAAGAUCUCCCUCCUAGGAGAAUGAAGGAUAGCUACUUGGAAGUUAUUCUGCCUCUAGGAAGUCAACCUGAAAUAAGAGAAAAGUACCUGAACGUACACAACAGUGUAAGGUUUGGAAGGAUACUUGAAGAUCUUGACAGUUUAGGAGUUCUUAUUUGCUACACUCACACCAAGCAGGAAAUGCAGCCAAGGUCUCCCUUAUCAAUAGUUACAGCUCUGGUGGAUAAAAUCAAUUUGUGCAAAAGGAUUAUAUAUCCAGACUGUGACAUCAAAUUCACAGGCAGUGUUUCUUGGGUUGGGAGGACCUCAAUGGAAGUGAAGAUGCACAUGCUGCAGCUACAUGAUGGUGAUUACAGCCCUGUGUUAGAUGCAACCUUUGUCAUGGUGGCCCGGGAUCCAGAGAAUAAACGGCCAGCGUUCGUUAAUCCAGUCGUUCCUGAGACGCCUGAGGAAGAAGAAAUCUUCAAGCAAGGGGAAUUGAACAAGCUGAAGAGGGUUGAUUUCAGCACUGCUUCCUUACUGAAAAUGGCUCCCACUGCAGAAGAAAGAAACAUUGUUCAUGACAUAUUCCUUAAUACGUUGGACACAAGGACAGUAAGUUUCCGGAGUCGUAAAUUGCCACCCAAUUCAGUGUGGAUGGAAGAUGCAAAGCUAAAAGGCCUACAGAUUUGCCAUCCUCAGGAGCGGAACAUCUUCAAUAGGAUCUUUGGGGGUUUUCUCAUGAGAAAGGCAUUUGAACUGGGAUGGGCAACUGCUUGCAGCUAUGGGGGUUCCAGACCUUUUAUCGUAUCCGUUGACGAUAUCAUGUUUCAGAGGCCAGUUGAGGUUGGAUCCUUAUUACUGCUUUCUGGACAGGUCUGUUACACAGAAAAAAACUACAUCCAGGUUCGAGUACACAGUGAGGUUUAUGAUGCAGAUACCAGGGAGCACCAGACAACCAAUAUCUUCCAUUUUACAUUUAUAUCAGAAAAUGAGGUCCCACGGGUUGUCCCCAAAACUUACGGAGAAUCCAUGUUGUAUUUAGAUGGGAAGCGACACUUUGCUGCAGUCAUGAGAGAAAUCUGACACGCACUGAAUGCUGCGUCAGCAGCGUAGCAGCACGCUGUCUUGGAAAGAGUUGUCACCAGACAUGGCUAACAGACAGGUGCUUGCAAUACUAAAAAGCACCCACCCCAAAACAAAACAAAACCCCAGACCAAACCCAGACCCCGCAACAAAAAAUACGUUAUUAGUGCUAUUUAUGUAUUUGCAUGUAUUUGGAUUUUUUGUUCUCUGCUACUAGGAUUUGUUGAAAUCUACUUUUACAUGCUGAUGCUAGGAAAAAAGGCUGAAAAAAUACAGUCUUAAGCUUUAGAUCGCUUCUCUCUGUCUGCUUUGAGAGAUCUCAUUACGACCUUUGCUGUCUUGUCACCAUCUGCCUUCUUUCCCUUAGUAGCUCUCCUUUGUGUUUCCCUGAUAAGGGAUAGAAGUUCUACCAGAAAAAUAUGUGCAAUAAGUAGAUACACACAGACGAAGCCAUUUGACCUACAUUCUUGUGUAAAUUAGGUUUAGGGUCUUAUUUUUUUUUUUAAUGAGGACACAUGCAUCUGGGCAGCAGCAUAAGCUCAGAAGUUACUAGGGUGUGCACAACGUAAAGCAGGUGUUUCCCAUCAGCUGGGAUUUUACAGGGUUGUUGCAGCUCCUGUUGUGGAUGGUUUCAUGUUCCCUUGGCAGGAAACUGAUUAUUGCAAUGAGAUGAGGUGGCCAGAUGGUCUCUUCUGGCAUUCUGUUUGCGUACAGCCAGUCCUUGCCAGCCUCUUCUGAUUUUUUUUUUUUUUUUUUAAGAUAUAGCUGUAAGUGAGUUCCUUAAUGAAUUAUUUCUCAUGGCCUGUAGAGUAGAGAUCUGAUUGGUGAGAUCGAGUGGGACUGGGAAAUGGCGUUUUAGAGCAGAACGUUUUGGUUUGUUAGGGCGUGGGAGCAGGAAAGGUAAAAUGCUGCCAAAAUGGUAAUGGUUAUGUUUGAUGCUGGACUUAGGGGUCUAGAGAAUCUGUCUUGACCAGCUCCCAAGUCAGCUGCUGAAUGGUGGGAGGAUUUUUAUCCCACUGGGGGGUGGUACAGCUAGAGCACAGUCUCCUCAGCUGGAUUAUUUCUCUGGUUCCUUGGUAAGGCUGUAAUGAAAUGAGUAUUGCACAGCUUUAAAGGUUGUCAAAUUUACCUGUAAAGGACAGAGUAAUUCCCCACCACGGAGGGGACACCAAGGUGGACAUAACUAUGGCAUAUAAGUAACAGGAAGAAAGUACUUGAUACUGAAGUGCUUCUGAUGUAGUGGAGAAAGUUUUAAUAGUCUCCGAUAUCGGGCAGAUAAAGCCCAACAUCCUGAAAUUAGGAAGGUGAGCGGAUGGGAGGCAUCAGCUUUUAGCAGUGAGGAUGAUUAGUCACAGGCACAAAAUUGGACCUCUGAUACCUUCAAAUCAAGACUGAUACCCUGUCUGAUCAAGACACCCAAAGAGGAGUAGUUGGGCCCAAUGGUAGGUUAAAUGGAUGAAAUAUGAUGUCUUAUAUGAUACACGAGAAUAGACUCCAGCUUCCCUGCUAGGUUUAAAAUCUUUUGAAAUCAGGAAGCAGCAAGUAGAAAUGAUGUGAUUCGGCACAGUUGCAUGAAACAAGUUGAUAAAAUAAAGCAGCACGUCGAAAUUUUAUUUCUGAGUAAGAGAGUUUGAGAAAUUCACAAUGAGGACCAGGUUCCUUUGGUGCUAGGAUAGCAUGAAGUCCGUGGCUCCUGACAGCUGACUGCUGUUCAUGUCAGGAGAGCGAGCAUUGUAAUAACCAGCACGUUACACACCAGCCUUUCCUUUCUAGGAUUUGGCUGCCUGUAUUUCUAAGUUAGAUCGCUUUCCAGUGGAGGCACAGGGGUGUUGCCUGAUCCGGAUCAGAUUGAUGCGUGGCAGUGACACUAAGCUCUUGGUUCCUUACAUAGAGUUUCUCUCUUCAGCCACGCUUCAGUGCUGAUUCAGCUGUAUGAUGUUAUAAUCUUUUUCUUUAAUGGUUAUGACACUGUGGAUAUGUAUUGUAUUUUCUGUUUUUCUCCUUUUUAAAACUCCUUAGAAACUGAAUAUACUUGACUGACCACACAAAUAAAGAACUGAAAUUCUGUCCC